AUGAUGGACCUAGACUCUUAUUCCGACGAAGACCUCGAUAAUCUCGACGGCGAUCUCCUUCAACAACUCGAACACAAUGCCAUCCAAUUCACCCAGAGACAGGCCCAGUCGCAAGCCCCGCCACGCACCCAAUUCCAACUACCCGGGAGCACCGCCCAGCAACCGCAGUACAUAUCCGACGGCGACGACGACUACGACAAUGGCGAAGUCAUAGACCAAGCCGCUCAACCCCUGUCACUCCCACGAUCCGGCCUGCCCAACCCAGCGCCCCAGCCCUUUCGUGCCGUGCCCAGCAUCGCCGGCCAACAAAGGCUGAACCAUCAACGACAACAGGCAAACCAGCAGCGAUAUGGCCAGCAACAGGCUUUUCGACCGAACCCUCAAAUUGCCCCGUCGCAAUAUCCACGAGGCCCUUUGGGAGCUCCCGGGCGCCCGCUUCCCCAGUCCCAAUUCCUCCGCCAACAACCACACCGGCCACCUCAAAUCAUCCGCCCCUAUGUCGGCCAACAGCCACCGACCACCCAAGGCCUCCGUGGCGCUGGUCAAGACGUCGACAAGCAAAAAGACGAAACCAUCCGUUCCCUCGAAGCCGAGCUCUCCAACCUGCGCACCCAGCUGACGACGGCCAAGGGCGAAGCCAACCUCAUGCGCUCCAAAUAUGACCGGGACAUACCGCAGCUUAAGAAGGAGAUGGCCGAGGAGAAGGCCAAGAUGGAGAAGAGGCUCCAGGAGGCGCAGAAGGCACAGCAAGCGGCUAGUAACGAGUUGCUGUUUGCCAAUGCAGACCUACAGGAAGAGCGGGGGAGAGCAAAGACCAAGAAAGUGGGCAAGGAUGGCGCCAUGACGCCGAGUGGCAGGAACAAAACGAAAUGGAUACCGGACGGGUUCAGUGACGUGGAUGUAUCGGGAUUGGGGAGUCCCAGUAGGGAUAAAGCGGGGAGGAGAGAGCGGUUGAGGGAUCAAGGGAAUACCGGUACGCCGACAAAGGGGAAAAGGAAGCGGCCGGCGGUGGAUAGUCCGUCUUUUGCUUUGGAGAUGGAGACGGACGGGGCUGUUUUCGAGGACUCUGACUUGUUUGCCCCGAGGUCCACCAGUACAAGAACCGGACCGAGUUUGCCUUAUGAUUUUCUCAAACUCGUCCUCGACCAUUCUCCCCUCCCAUCCCUGCCUCUAACCUUUGAAGCCUUUGCGCGAUUCUGCUUCCCAUCAAAACCCUCCGCUUCCUUUGCCUCCAUCAUCUUCCGGCGUCUUCCCCAACUGGGCGUCUCCAACCUUAUCAACAGCUCCGACAAUGACCCCUUCCGUCUCCUCGUCGACUUCUCCGAACUCCUUCUCGAUAUGUGGCAGCAAUGCUUGUCUGAGCGCUAUCAUUCGCCCAUCUACUACCUCGCCGGUCUGUUGCAGUUCAUCCUGCAGCUGAACGCUGUGGAUGUGGCGCCACGGAUCACGAGCAGUUUGGUGCCGGUGGUGGUCACCACUUGCCAGCUUGUGGCGUUGCCGAGAUUAAAUUUGAAGAUGGUAAAUGAUGGAGGAGGCACGGUGGAGGACUUGGAGCAACAUCCAGACCCUGCCAUGAGGCUGUUAGCAGCAGAUAUCGAUGUUACGCAAUGUCUUAGGUUGCUGUAUCUCUGUGCUGUGGGGUGUUUAAAGCCACCCAGUGUUGAUCAACACAUGACAUCACCUCAAGCUCGGUUCUGGAAGACCAUGGAUUUGGAGUUUGUUGUCCUGAUGCUGAGCGCUAAACAGCCGGAACAGGAUUGGAGGGAAAUGUUAAGUCUGUUGAGGACGAGUGCUAUGCCCGGGAGCGUAGGACCGUUGCCGAAGCCUGACUCUAAUGCUGAUAGCAACACGAUGUUAGCGGUUCGAAGUCGACCACAGGUUCAAUCUCGCGGCAGCGGCAGCGGUCAUAGUCGGGGCGGUCGUGCUGGUCAAAUGCUCCCACCCCCUCCUCCCAUCCGCAACGCUGACAAUGUCGACAAACCACCCCAAAACCCUGAACCAGGCUCACAAGAAGCAUCAACAGCCCAAAUUAUCAUCGACUGCGUCUCAUCCUACUUGGUCGAUACCCCUCCGAGAUGGGCCUCCCCCGGAUCCGCGCGCGAGGUAUCUAUCAAGCUUGCUGCCUUGCAGACGCUCAUGUCUUUUGCCUCUAGCUUGUUUGGUUUGUUGCAGCUCGCUAACAGCGAUGUGGCCAUUCCGAGGAUUGUAUCCGCCUUGUGCUGGGCGGUUGACGGGCUUUAUGACGCUGAUAUUCCGUCCAUGGCUUUUGAUGACCUUUCUAUCGCUUCUGAUGACACUAGGAGGAGGAACGAUAUCCAGAAAGAGGGGCACACCAAUCGGAAGAGGCACGGAUAUGAUAGUGGAAUGUCGACACCGCAGUUAUUGUCACAGCUGAUUUCCAGGUCGACGAAUCUGUUACACGCAUUGGUCACGCAUCCCAAGACUUCCGGCAUCGUCAACCCUAUCUCCCGCAAGCUUGCCACACCGGUAUCACCCGGACCACCGACAUUUACACAUCCGAGAACCGGCCGCGGCGCUUCUAAGGGCCGCAACACCACACGCGGUGUUCCCAUUCGAUCCACGGCCCUGCACGCCCUGCACAGCCGCGCAGCUCCCAAUGCCGCCACCAGGCAUGGGCAGAACUCUCGCCAUAACCUCCAAUCAAGCGUCGUUAAUCCUCACGCUGCGGCCGUUAGCAACAUGACCGCUGCCCUCCCCCAUCGUUAUUUAGUGUCUCUCGGCAGGCUCAACUUCGCCGAAGAAGAUCUGGUUUUUGAGCAAGGUAUUGACGAAGAGACGGUCGAGCGAGCGCAUGAGUUGCUGGAGCUGGCAGUGGAGAGGCGAGAGGGUGAGAAGGUCAAGGGGGUUUUUGAGGGAGGGCAACAUGAAGUUGACGGGAUAUGAGGAGGUUGUAAUCAAGGCUGACAGUCAGGCUUGGGGUGGGGGGAAGGAGAAGGGAAGGGAUUUCACUUUGGUUUUCUUUUUGAUACCCAUAGAUCUUUCGAAGUUUACUGUUGUGUGAUAAUACGAGACAUGAUCUGCAAUUUGAUCAGAUCGAAG